UUAUAUUCUGUCGAACGCUACGAGCUGAGCUGUUCGCGUUGCCAGAAGCCCCAUUUGUUUCGCGAUACGCGCGAAACAAAUCGGCAGAUACGAAGGGAACAUUCCAACCUCCUCCCACACGGCUCCACCAAGAGGCGCGGCCCGCUCGAUCCGCUGAUUCACCAGCGUCGGUCUGGUCGCCGAGUGGCAACGGAGGCCAACCCCUACGCGAUGCCGUCGUCGAGCAGGACGGAGACGGUGAAGAACGCGCUGUCGCGGUGGGCGCGGAGAGUCGGCGAGACGACCAGGAAGGCCGAGGACCUGUCGCGCAACACAUGGCAGCACCUGAGGACGGCGCCGAGCAUCGGGGAGGCGGCCGUGGGGAGGAUCGCGCAGGGGACCAAGGUCCUGGCCGAGGGCGGCCACGACAGGAUAUUCCGGCAGGCGUUCAGCGCGCCGCCCGACGAGCAGCUCCGCAAGUCCUACGCGUGCUACCUCUCCACCUCCGCCGGCCCGGUGAUGGGCAUCCUGUACCUCUCCACGGCCAGGGUCGCCUUCUGCAGCGACAGCCCACUCUCCUACGAGGCCGGCGGCGGCAGCAAAGAGUGGAGCUACUACAAGGUGGCGAUUCCUCUGCACAGGCUGAGGUCGGCGAGCCCGUCGGCCAGCAAGCAGAGGCCCGCGGAGAAGUUCAUCCAGCUCGUGUCGGUGGACCGCCAUGAGUUCUGGUUGAUGGGCUUUGUGAACUACGACAGCGCGGUCAAGCACUUGCAGGAGGCUCUCAGCGGCUUCCACCACCUGCAAGCGUGAGUGCGUGACAGGCGGCAUCGGCAUUUGCCCGCGCUAAUCUUCGUUGUUCGCUGAUUGACACGGCGUGAUUUGUGUCUUGGGGUGUUUGUGCUCUAGUUCUUCUUGCUGAGGAUAUGUUUAUGAGUGCAUCGGUCACUUGAGAUUGUUUGGGAUUGCGGAUAUCUUCGAUUGUUUGGAGAUACAUGUCACACAUCUAAGAUUCCUGAAGCUCUUCACUUAAAAUCUUAUAGGUUUUGGAAACUGUGGUUGCCUUAUUUUUUUUUUUUGAGAGAAUAGCCAACAUGAUCCUUGAAGUUUUGCUCCAUGAUCAAUUUGGUCCCUAACCUUUUAUAUUGUCCAAACGAGUCCUUAUAUAAUUUGUCAUGUGGGCUAAUAUAGUCCUUAGUUCCACUUAAAUUGCCACAUGAGCAUGCCAUGUUAUGCUCUCAUGCAAAAUAUAUGGUAAAAUGUCCAAUUUACCCUUCCAUGUACCAUAAAAAAUAAUGAAAAGAAUUUACAAACUUUA